AUCGGGCGCAGCUGGGCUCAUUAAGGUGAACCCGUGCGAGUCUGUUCGGUUCCGUUAGACUUCCACACCUGGACCGGAGCGGUUCUGUGACCCACGCGCCAGCAGAGACCCCCCCCACUCCCCCCCAGGAAGCCGCAGUUCUCCCCGUUAACUGAAUGACCCCCCACCACCCCCUCCCCGUCCGGAUAACGGGGAGUUCGGUGGACUUGGCUCCGGUUCAGACUCUUUUCUCCGCGGGAUGUUCGGCUCCGGUUCUCAGGUUUAACCAGAUUUAAAAGUGAGAGCAUCAAAAGUGGCGCGCGUGCGAGCGUGCGUUUCCCGCGGAGGCUCCGGUUGUGGCGGAAUGAUUCCCGGCUGACUGACGCAGCGCGCAGCGGCGGCGGGCGAACCGCUGGAAGCCCGGGAGGAGCGGCUGUGUGCGGCCGGUCACCGGAUCCCCGAGCCUUCACUUGGACCCCCCUCAGCCCGGGAAGCUCCCACGGACGGUGAGCGGCGGCGGCGGCGGCGCGGAUCCACCGGAUGAUGCUCUUUUUUGGCUCCACCGUCGAUAUUAUUUGCGCGAGGAAUUUCCUCCUGCUGCUCCUGACAUAGACUCAAACACAGACCCCCCCGUUUGGGUUUAUUGAUUUCUACAAACUCUACAUGUUUCGGGAUCAUUAUUAGCCGGCGCGCGCCUGAAUUCAUCAGAUUCCUGCCGGAUUUCCACUGUUCCACUUUGGCAUUUUCCCGGUUUUUGCGCGCGGACUUGGAGGCGCUGCGGCGUCGCUUUCAAGUUACUCUGCCGCCCGAACCGGGACCAACGGAGUAACUUUUCUCGUCCUUUGCUCGGAGGAAAGGACAUUUCCCGCAGAUUCACAUCUGCAUCCAACUUAAACCGCCGCGAGGAGCUGCGCCGCGCACGCGGAGGCUUUUGGAACAGCUGGGAUUUAACGUCCGCGCGCUGGGAUUCUACCAUGACAGGUGCACGGGAUUUCGGAUGGACCCCCCUCCUCUGUGUGGCGGCGCUUUCAUGUGCUCUCGCAGGUAAAAUCUCUCCAACCAGCUCGGAUUCUCUCUUCAGUUCCUCGGCGAUGACGGCCAGUCCUGCGCCACCGAACGUCUACCUGCCUGCCAACUUCAAAAUGUCCAACGCCCAGCUGGCGUUUUUCCUGCAGGAGGCGCAGAUCCCGGGACAAACGGUUGGCAGGGGCAGCUCCCGGACUGGACAUCCGCUGCAGCGCUCCGAGAGUUUUGUGGUUUUCCAGACAAAAGACCUCCCUGCCAUCAACAUAAGCUUCGGGCCUUUCGCCCAGGACCAAACCGUGUCCAAGGAGCUGCUCCAGCCAGCGAGCCCGCUGGACAUCCCGGGCCAACUCACCGUCGGCUGGAAAGUUCGUGCUUUUAUCGUCCAGCCAAGAGUUUACUCCAACAACGCCACCGUCCAGGUGUUGUUCUACAUCGCCGGUCGGGACUGGGACGACUUCAAAGCCCAGGACAACCUGCCGUGCAUCCGGUUGCACGCUUUCCGGGACGUCCGUGAAAUUAAGACCUCGUGCCGCUUGAAAGGCAACCUGGCACAGUGUCUGGCCCAGCUGGACCUGCCCCCAUCCUGGUUCAACACAAACGUGGCCCCUCUGGGCAGGAGGAAAGGCGACGGCCUGCUGGACGGCCUACCGAGCGAGACCCUCCAGGCUGAGCUGUACUACACGCUUCACGAGCCUAAUCAGGAAGGGGAGUGCAGUGAGGGCUCGGGUCGCCGGGGUGGAGUGUCCAGGGAGCCUCUGUCACAGCACCCUCUGCUGCGCAUCGGGAGUAUCAGCCUCUACCAGGCCGGACAGGAGCAGCUGCUGGUGGACAAGCAGCUGGACAAGAACAUGUUCCUGAGGCUGCCGGAGAAACCGCUGAAGCCCGGAGAGACGCUGCGGAUCCUGCUCUACCUGAUGCCCAACUCCACCGUGGAGCAGUUCACGCUCAGGGUCAAAGCAAAAAAGGGAGUGAACCUGAUGCAGACCAAGUCCAAGAACGCCCAGUGGAAGGUGGACUGGGAGGUGCAGUCUGGCGCCAAGCACUCCAUCACCACCAUCGAUGUGAACAAGAACAAAGCAGUCAACCAGGGGGAUGCGCUGGGAAAUGUGGAGGUGAUGCAGCUGGACUUUGAAAUGGAGAACUUCACCAGCCUGUCCGUGACCCGACGGAUCAACUGGAACAUCGACUACAAGGGUCAGAGCCCGCAGUCCGACUCAGAGAAGGUGGUGACGGAGCUGACCGUGGUGCAGCGGGACAUUCAGGCCGUCAUCCCUCUGGCCAUGGACACCGAGAUUAUCAACACGGCGAUUCUGACCGGUCGCACUGUGGCCAUUCCUGUCAAAAUGGUUUCCAUAGAGAUGAAUGGAGCAGUGACGGACAUCUCCGCCUUUGUGCAGUGCAAGUCCACAAAUGAAGACAUUGUGAAGGUCUCCAUGAACUGCGACUACGUGUUUGUGAACGGGAAGGAGACGCGCGGCUCCAUGAACGCCAGGGUCAUCUUCAGCUACGAGCACCUGAGCGCGCCGCUGGAGCUCACCGUGUGGGUCCCCAAGCUCCCCCUGCAGGUGGAGCUGUCCGACUCCAACCUGAGCUUCAUCAAAGGCUGGAGGGUUCCCAUCCUGCCCGACCGAAGGAGCACCCGUGACAGCGAUGGAGACGAUGAGGACGAUGAUCGCAGGCUGAACCGAGGCUGCACCCUCCAGUACCAGCGGUCCCUGGUGAGGGUGCUGACCCAGUUCCACACCACGUCCACAGAGGGCACGGACCAGGUCAUCACCAUGCUGGGGCCGGACUGGCAGGUGGACGUCACAGACCUGGUCCAGGACUUCCUGAAGGUGGCCAACCCCAGAAUAGCCGAGUUGGUGGACCGGACGAUCCUGGUGGGCCUGGAGCUGGGAGUCAGCGUGCUGAAGGUGGAGUCCCCGCUGGCCGUGGACGCUGCGCUCGGUGAGGCGGCGUUCUCCGUCACCGAUGACAAGGUGUCCAUAACGGAGCUGCGCGUUCACACCGUCUCGGGCCUGACUCUGUCGCUGCAGCCCAGCCCGGGAAACAGCCACACCAUGGUCGCCAAGGCAACCGCUCUGCAGACGCUCACUGCUCUCAAACAGGAGGCCAGUUUGUCCAUCUGGAUGCUUUUCAGCGACAACACCGCCGCCAGUCUCAUCUACUUCGACCCCAAAGACUACAACCUCAAUGCGUCCUCGCUGAAUGACAAAGUGGCGUCGGUGUCCCAGGAGCCCCAGCAGCGCUGGCCUGUGGUGGUGGCGGAGGGGGAGGGCUCCGGCGAGGUGGUGCGCCUAGAGAUGACCAUCUGCGAGGCCUGCCAGAAGACCAAGCGCAAAAGCGUCAUCGCGGCCGCCGAGGUCUACGCCAAGGUGCGCUUCGGCCCGGAGGACGACUCCGAGGAAGACACCACCACGGAGGGCGAGAUGGAGCUGGCGCCCGUCACCAGGCGGCCCGCCAUCGAUCCCAACGUCAACGGGAGAAUCUACGAGACGUCGAAUGAGCAGCCCGCCAGCGUCCCCAUCGACUACACCAACUUCCCCACGAUGAGUAACCAGGGGGUUCCGAUCACGGAGAGCGAUGAAGACGAGGAUGAGUUUGUGCACUCCCCGCGCAGCAUGACGGACCUGGAGAUCGGCAUGUACGCUCUGCUGGGAGUCUUCUGCCUGGCCAUCCUCGUCUUCCUCAUCAACUGCAUCGUCUUCGUGCUGAAAUAUCGCCACAAGCGCAUCCCGCCCGAAGGCCAGGCCAACAUGGACCAUUCCCACCACUGGGUGUUCCUGGGAAACGGCGAGCCGCUCAGGGCCCAGUGCGAGCUGUCCCCACAGCAGGUGGAGAGCCCCAGCAACCCCCUGGAGGGCGUACAGACUUGCUGCCACGGCGACCACCACAGCAGCGGCAGCUCUCAGACCAGCGUUCACAGUCAGGUCCAUGGCAGGGGGGACGGCAGCUCCGGCGGCUCCACCAAGGACAACGGCGAGGAGACCAGCUCACCCACGUCCAAACGCAAAAGAGUCAAGUUCACCACCUUCACCACGCUCCCCACGGAGGAGCUGCCCUACAACUCCAUCCCCAUCGCGGACGAGGAGGACAUUCAGUGGGUGUGCCAGGAUAUGGGCUUCCAAGACCCAGAAGAACUGCACAACUACAUGCGCAGAAUAAAAGAAAUAGCCUGAGAUGAGCGGCGCGUUCCUGCUCUCAGUUUCAAAAAGUUUCUUUCUAUUUUUGUCUUUUUCACCGGAGUGGAACUUUUCACAGACUGGGAGGUUUGUGUUUGGGGUUAGGGUUUAGUUUGCACAGUGCUGUAAUCUCAUACACCCUCACAGACGUGAACGGAAGCCAAAGACUCCAGCAGAGGGAUCUCCGUCACCAGAGACAUCUGUAAAUCUUUGGCAGACACGCCUCACCGGGAAGCUGAGCCAUGGACACCCAGGAGCUGCUGCAGCUCUCCUCCUUUCAGGAACGGACUCUGGAGGAUCCGAACGUUUGUUCCGGAGGCUCAGCGGGACUCUGCCGUACUCACUCCAGACAAAGAGGCCUUCGGUGAAGACAAACUGUCAGACUCCAGGAAGCUCUUCUGUUUGGCCAAAUGGCUAUUUUACUCAUUACGCCACACGCUCAUAGUUUGUACUCGUUCAUCACAUUUCCUGGUAGGUAAAGUCUCAUUCUGGCGCCGCAGAGGCGAAAGGACAAAUGGGAAGAGAAUCUCCGACUCUCAGCCACCACAUUUUUACUGUAAAUGUCCAUAGAAUUAUGUUACCACCCAGCCAGCAAGGCCAAGUGGCCCAACAUGGUUUAAAAGUGGGCAGAAAAUGUGGGCCGAUCGGGUUGACACACAGUUUCUGUGGUGGCUCCCACUUAAGCCAGUGUGGGCAAACACAGGUGAAGCCACCACAGAAACUGUGGACAAACCAAAUCAGGGCCCACACUUUCUGCCCACUCAGCCUUGCUGGCUGGGCAUGCAUUUAACGCAUGCCUCGUUUGGCCUCCAUACAUGCCGACAUUCCAAGUGUCUGUAAAUAAUGCAUCCAUGGAUUUGGUUGUGGGUCCGUUUCUCCGUUAUGUGAAGACAGGCGAGUUUGAACUCAGUGGUGUCCCGUUUUUAAAGCUCUGACGACAUUUUCCCCCAAGUUUUAUUGGCUCCAGCCUCUGGGAGGAUCAAGAAAUCUAAACAAAUAUUUAUAUAUAUAUCUAUGAGUUAGUAACAUUAAUUGUGAGCACAAGAUCCCUUCAAAUUUGAUGGAUUAUUUUUUUCCCACUCUUUUCCUUGUCCUCGUGUUGGUUCUUCACAUUUAAAAGUUUUUGGCAAAGACAAAACCAGAAAUCCGUCUUAAAUGUCAAUGAGGUGAAGGUGCUGUUUACAACUCGCUAAACUCAGUCCUGACAAAGACUUUUAAGAAAACACCGGGAGAUGACAGCCGACCUCUCAUCGCUUUCUUAGCAGAUGACUUGUGAACGUUAAUGCUAUUCCAGCUCUGAUCUCACAUGAAACGAGUUCUUUUAAGGACUAAUGAGACAACCGGCAGAUGAAAGAUCACUUCCUUUAAUUCUCUGCAUCCUUAGGACUCGGAUCGUUCUUUCAUGUCAGCUGACUGACAGAUUUCCGCGAUCCCACGAGCCCACAGAAGUCACGUUCCUCGUCUGUGAUGAUAAUGAGAAUCAUCUCUGUUUGUCAGCUGAAGCUGUCGCUCCAACCUCUCUUUGCUGCUCUGUUACCUGCUUUUAACCCAGAAUGAAUGAACACAAAGCUGCUUCUGAACCUGAAGACUCAUAAGGACAACAAACUUUAUCUUGACUUUGAUCUGGCAGCUAUUAAAAAUAGUAUUUACAGAUAUUUUUGCUAAUUUCCAGAGUUUUCUGAGACGUUGGACAUUGUUUUAGUGUCCACAAACUAAUUUAGGACAAAAUGAAUCUAUAAAAUGUCAAAGAAGUUUGUGUUGUGGUUGCAGCUUUUACCAUUCUUGAUUCAUUCCGCAAAUAAAAGCUACAAAUUUAAGAAAACUUCACCGUUAAGAAUAUUUUAGCUUCUGGAUCAAAGAUUUUACGCUAACAAAUCUCUGUGGAGCCUGGUUCCAUUCACCAAUUAACCACUAGAACAGGGGUGGAUGAACUCCGGCCUGGGGGCCGUAUCCGCCCUUUUAAACUAUCUAAUCUGGCCUGACGAACUGGAAUAAAUUAAUCCUUAAUCUUGUUUUCUUUUCUCUGUGAUUGUGGUGUCUGCCCCAUAGGUGGUGGUGAUGGAAGAUUUGUUGUUUACCUGAUGUUUACGUGUGUUUUCUGAGUCGGUCAGUCACUUUUCCAACACCACAUGAACGCAGCAUUUCUUUAAGUUUGCCUUUUUCCUUGAUGGACAUAAACCUAUUGGUGAAAUUAGCCCUAAAGUGGAGAAGUUUUGAAAUAAAAACUGUUCUGUUUUAAAAUGUAAAUGUUUAUUUUCAAUCAAAAUUAAGGUCAUUUUUCGUCCAGAUUCCAUGUUAUUUCUUUAUCUUGCGAGGAACAUGCCACACAUUGUUUCCUCUUCUCUCAAGUUUUAGAAUCCUUUGUGUCCCACAAGUCAAAAAGUUUCCCACCCCUGAGAAAUUCAUCCUCCAAUACUUUCAUGUGCUCCAAAUUUAUGAUAAAAAUAAGCAAACUUGGUCGCAUUUCAGUGGUUUUUGAGGUUAUUAUUGAUGUUUAAGAUCAAAGUGACUCUCAAACAGGGCGUGGUUGAAUGAUUAACAGGCCACCAUUGACUGUAUCUAAGAUCUGGACUGAGUGAGUGUGAUGUCACCCCUGAAAAAAUGUUUAUUUUCAGUGCAAACCAAAUGAAGUCAAUUUAGUUUUUUUUUAAUGAUAAAACUAGAAAAUGACACUAAACAGUGAUAAGUCUGAGCUGGUAUUAGUCAAUGUUUCUAUGGCAACCAGUCCCACCAAUCAGGAAUGAGCUUGAAGAAAUCUAUCGCUCGAGAAUCUGACAAAAAAUCUGUCAGUAAAAUGCUUUGAAAGUUGCAAAUUGAUGCAUCUGAUUGGUCAGUUUUUAACCCGAAUAAUUAAAACUACAAAAAAAAAAAGAAAGAAAUCAUGAAUAAAAAUAGGAUAACAGAUGUUAAUUUCUCUAUAGAAGUCUGUGGGAGUUUGGUUCCUCGGAGCCAGCAGGUACUUCCUGUUUGGAUGUAGAGUCCAGUUCUCAUAUACAGUCAAUGUUGGCAACUAAAAUCCCCAGCUCUACUAAAUCUUAGUUGCCCCGCCCAUUUUCCUAAGUUAGCGGCGACCACAGAGCUGACAAACUGGUUUCUCGUGGAGCAAAUUCAAACCAGUUGGUCAUGUGACCACAUCGACUGCAAUCAAGAAUCUGUCAUUUGGGAAAGUUUAGCACAAGUUUCAAGAGAGUUUUAGCUGAGUGAGACCAAACUCUGAGGGUUUAAGGGAUUGAUUUUGAAUUUAUCUUCUUGAAAAGUCCCAACAUUCACGAUAAGAUCAGAGAGAAUCAGCAGCGUUUCCGUUCUAUCUGGAUGAAUGUAGAAUUCCUGACAAAACACGUUUUUUGGUUGCGGUGAAAAGCCUCGUUGUGCUCAGAUUUUCUCAUCCAUGUUUCAUCACAUCAAACUCAGAUUUCUAACUUUUGAUUUUUGAUUUUUUUUACUUCCUUCUGCAUUCCUCGUCGUCUGUGUUCUUGUGACUUCGGUCCUCAUUCUGUUUCCUUCAAGCUGCUAACAGAGACUUCUUGCAACAUGUAAAUGAAGAUUUGGAAUCCCCUCUGCGCCCUGACACCCGCCCCCCGUGAACUGUGCACGACAUGCACGGCUCGGUGAUGUGAGCCACACACUGGCUAUAAUAUUGUAAUGUACAGAGCACUGUUACAUUUCCUGUAUCCUCUUGAAAGCAAACCCUUGUAUUUUCCCGUAAUAUGUAAAGUACUAAAGAAAAUGCAAUACACGGGUGACACGGUGUCAUUCUUACUUUGCUCUCAAGGUGUUGUGUUGACUUGAAUUUUUAAUUAGCGCUGCUGUCAUUGGAUGAAUUAUGUGGGGAAUUCUGCAUCUGUGGAUCCGACCUUGAAGGACUUUCACUCACAGACUUAACACUUUGACUCAGAAAUGAUGAAUUUGUUAGUGAAAAGAAACAUUCACCAGAUAAUUUAAAUUAAACAAGACAUCCAGGGGAAAGCGACUUCUCGAAUGUCUUUCUGUGCCGGGGUCGGUCACGUUCUGAUGUUCUGCUGCUGCUUUUUGAGGAGCAUAUAUUUACACUCACAUCUCUGCUGAGCACAAUCCUGCUGCUUCUCUCCCUGAGAAUUCCUGCAGGAGCCUCGGAGGUGUUCAGCUGGAGUCCUGGCAGCUUCCCUGCUCCUCACGCAGCAGCAGGGCUGACAGCCUUUGAGCUCAGGUGAGACACUCGGGCUGCACGGACAGGUAAGGGGACACAUUUGUAAUUGUGAUUAUGGACAAGAUGAAAGAACAAACAGGACUUUUACAGGGAAAAGAAAACGCAAUAAAGCCUGAAUGUGGACGGACUCUCCAGCUGAAGAAUCUGCAGAUCCACACAUCUUUAAAAGCAGCUUUAAACCACAAAUCUGAGAAAAAACUUGUUUUUACUAAAAUAUGACCUGGAAGAGUUUUAUUAGCUGAUUGAAAUUCAAGGUUUUGCUGUUAAAAAAAAGACUUUUUAAAGUUAAAAAUCGUGGAUGAAUCCUUCCACACAUUAAAACUGUGGUCAAACAAAUAAACAAAAUUUAAAUAAAGUUUUAAAAAAUGUAAACAAUUAAUGGAAAAAAAAUACUAUCUCACAAAUCGAGAUAAAGCAUAGUUUUAAAUCUUAAGUCAAAAGUAAUUAAGCUGAAAUGUGACUUUGAAGUCAAAGUCAUCAUGUGGAAAAUUGGGUUUGAUUUCUAGAUAAAGUCAAAUAUUUUAAACAAGAUGAAUAAUUUUAUAUUUAUUAAAAUAUAUGU